CUCUGUUGCUUUUCUUGUACCGUUUUUGCAUAUACUUCUGUGUCCUCACGAUCUCUUGGAUCCAUGCUCAUGGUGUACUCGCUGCACCCUCUCACUACUUUGAAUCCCUCUUCCACAUUCAAUUUGUGCUAGUAUACUCAUUUUGAAUCGAUUUGCUUAGAUCUCUGCAUCGUGUUAUGGAAAUGGCUUCUAGUCCUCGCACUGUGGAGGAGAUCUUCAAGGAUUAUAGUGCUCGAAGAGCAGGGGUCAUUCGUGCUUUAACUCAAGAUGUCGAUGAAUUUUACGGGCUCUGCGAUCCAGAUAAGGAGAACUUGUGCCUUUAUGGACAUCCAAAUGAAACCUGGGAAGUAACUCUGCCAGCAGAGGAAGUUCCCCCUGAGCUUCCUGAGCCAGCUCUUGGAAUCAAUUUUGCUAGAGAUGGCAUGCAUCGCCGGGAUUGGCUUUCUCUGGUUGCUGUCCACAGUGAUUCAUGGUUGCUUUCUGUGGCCUUUUAUCUUGGAGCCCGUCUGAACCGCAAUGAAAGGAAACGGUUAUUCAGCUUGAUCAAUGAUCUUCCCACUGUUUUUGAAGUUGUAACUGAAAGGAAACCAUUAAAGGACAAGCCCACUGUGGACAGUGGUAGCAAAUCUCGGGGCAGCAUCAAGAGAUCAAGUGACGGGCAAGUGAAAAACAACCCAAAGUUUUCCGAUGAAGGUUACGAGGAGGAUGAAGAUGAGCAUAGCGAAACCCUUUGCGGUAGCUGUGGUGGAAAUUAUAAUGCAGAUGAAUUUUGGAUUGGCUGUGAUAUCUGCGAGAGAUGGUUCCACGGGAAAUGCGUGAAAAUUACUCCUGCAAAGGCUGAGAGCAUAAAACAAUACAAAUGCCCAUCAUGUAGCAUGAGGCGAGGUAGGCCCUAGGCAACUAAAACGUUGUUAGAGGCUGACAAUAUUUUGUAUUAUUGCUAUAUUUCUUACGAAAGGGCGCGUAACAGAUAUACCACUAUGUUUAACGUGUAGUUUCUGAGGGAUUUAGUCUGACUUCAGUGAGACAAUUUAGUAAUGUAUGUUAUUUACACCAUAGAAUAGAUUGUGAUACAUUCUAAUUUGGUGGACUUUGGAUUCUUUGAACACUGGAUAGCACUUUCCAAGUUAA